AUUGUUUGUGAAUACCAUUUUGAGUACUUUAAAUUUGAGUCUUCAAGGUGUGGCACUCAAGCGAGAUCGAAUGAAACACGAAUCUGAAGUUUUAUUGAAAGUAACUGCAUCAUCACAAAUGCGUCGUCGUAGUUUAUUCGAAUUUAUGAUGCUACACAUUAAA